AUCUGGAAAAAUAGGUAGCUCUUACAGUGAAUACUGUGUAGAAGUGUUAUAAGUACUUAAAAAAAAAAAAAGACAAUACACAGUUCAGUUCAGUUCAAGGUUUAUUACAGUCUAUGACCAGCACAACAAGGAAAUAGAACAUACAACACAGUUUAAGAUAAAAACAUAAUACCACUUAUAUCACAAUACCCUAGGGUGUAUUACUGAAACUACCAAAAGCCUCCCAGUCUUAAGGAGGGAGUUAAUUACUACAACUCAAAAAUUUAUAAAUAAGACAAAAGUGAAUAUACAAUUGAAAUAAAAACAUAAAUAACAAUUAAAAAGAUAACAGGUCAACAGUCUCAAAACCCACCAACUAGACUAUAACUAAAAGGCUAUAGGGCAGCACUGGAUUUGUUAAUUAGAAGCCGACGCAAUCUUUGAACUGCCGCACAGAAGCCCGCCACUCUCCGAGUAAUGGCAGGAAUACUGUCCUCAAGCAGGAAGGCCAUGUGUUGGCUAGGCGAAUUUCCUGGGGAACGAGCCAGGAGUGGAAAGAUUAAUUCUAGACGUAAGUCACUAUAAAAGGAGCAAUGAAGCAGAACAUGUUCAACUGAUUCAACUUCCCCAUCACCACAAGGGCAUAGAUGCUCCGCAUAAGGAGUCCCACUGAAGCGACCUUCAAGAACAGCAGAGGGAAGGCAUCUACAUCUAGCCUGUGUGAAAGCCAACCUAUAUUUGGAGAUGUCUAAUUGUUGCAACAGCCCCCUCACCAGCCAAACAACGAGCUAAAAUGGAUGAUAUUGUUGUGGUGGCACAAGGGACACAGUCAUCACGCAAUGUUAGCAACGACCCGGAUGUCAUCAAGUUGCAGGAAAUCCCAACGUUCCAGCCUCUUUUGAAAGGUCUUCUUAGUGGACAGACAUCGCCUACCAGUCUUAAAGUGGAGAAGCUGGACUCUCAGCAAGUUCUACAGCUCUGCCUCCGAUAUCAAGACCAUCUUCACCAAUGUGCAGAAGCAGUGGCCUUUGAUCAGAAUGCUUUAGUCAAACGGAUCAAAGAGAUGGAUCAUUCGGUAGAAACCCUUUACAACUUAAUGCAAGACCGGCAGAAAAGGUAUGCAAAAUAUGCUGAGCAGAUCCAGAAGGUUAAUGAAAUGUCAGCCAUCCUCCGCCGCAUCCAGAUGGGCAUCGACCAGACCGUUCCUCUGAUGGAGAGACUGAACAGCAUGCUUCCGGAAAGCGAGAGACUGGAGCCCUUCAGUAUGAAACUCGACCGGGAGCUCAAGUUGUAGUCCUCCCAAACAGCCUCUGCUUGCUUACAGCCUCUGCUUACCUUUUCACAGACUUUUCUUGAUAAGGAAUAUAUGGGGGAUGUAUUGCGCUUCCCAACACUUGCAACAGAGGCCUCACUUACUUACAAGAACAUUGUGGUAGGAAGAAUGCACUUGGCUUGCAAGGACUGUGAUUUAAAGAAGGGGCAUCUUGGAAUAAAGUAUCGUUUGAAGCGUAAGAUUCCUUUCACCUUUUCUGCUUCUGCUUGCCAUCCUUGUCCCUUCCCAACAAAAUGUUGCUUUAACAAGGCUCUUGUCUUGAGAUCCAGUGCUACAGUGAUGUUAAAUGUUUUACUUUCAGGGAGCUGGUUUGCCUGCUGAGGAAUACUCUCUCAUCUGCCACAGGAUCCCUUGGAGCAGCAAAAGAUCCUGGGUCAUAGUCUCAAUCAAGGGGGUUAUUCCAGCUGGGACCUAGGAAACCUGAGGUUUCUUGAUGAGCAGAUUGGUAAUGGGAGACCAGCUGCCCCCAAGAGCUGCUCCAUUAUUGCCAGUCGUCCCUUGCAGUUCACAGCUGCCGGGGAUGGUUAGAAUAAUUAGGGGUUAGAAUCAUUAGGUUUGAAACACAAUGACUACUAAGCUGGAACUUAGACCCCCCCCCCCCCGAGAUUUUGCCAUUAAUAUGUGCUGUAGGCUCCUGGUCGGAGAAAUCCAUGUAAAAUAUGUUCCUUGAGGACAGAAAAUGUGGGGAAACCUUCUUCUAGGGAAUAUAAUCUAUUCAGGCCCAUCAGUCAGCCCUGCUGGGCCUUGCCCUCGCCCCUUUGUAAUUGGGAGGUACACCCCCAGAGCAUACCCAGCCUUUCAUGGCCCUGCAUUGUCGCAAGGGGUGAUUGGGUUUAGUGGGGGCAAGCCCUUUUUCAGGGAAGCAUGUCUGCCGUUACUGACUUCACUGAAGAACUCCUGCUAGCUUCUGAGAAAUGUCCCCAGGGUUCCCCAUAAGACAAGCCUUUUCCCAACUUCAUCUAGGUUGUGGUGGCAUAGAAUUUUGAGGACUGGACAGACUUGGAGGGGAUGCUGGACUAUGAAGGGAGAAAAUUCAAGUGUGUGUCAGACACGGAGGACCUUACUGUUUAUGCCAGAGACCACGACCUAUUUUACAAGAUUCCUUGCCCUUGGAACGAUGCAAGAGUGUGUAAACCCAUAAGCAGGCUUAUUAAGCCCACCUCCUGUAACUAAAUGUGGCUUGUGUGGUAAGCAAGUUUCCUUUUUGAGGAGUAGUUGACUCUUCCUCUUUGAGGUUUCUUUGUGUGUAUAUUUAAAUAGGCUUCUUAUUUUAUGGGGUAUUAAAUGAAUAACUGCUUGAGUUAUGUGACUGUCAUUGCUAUGCAGGCCUGAGGGCUAGGGCCUCCCAUGGAGAUGUGAUGUAUUAGGUUGGGCUCUUUCUCCUUUUCCUCCUGACUUCCUUCCUCAGUAAAAAGAAGCAGUUCCAUUUCUCUUCAUAUUGACUUGUUUUGCCAAAAGGUUAAUUGCCAGGUAGCUGCUUCCUGCUUUUAGUGGGCAGAACCAGUCAUGUGUGUCUUUUGCACGCACUGGGGUGCCAUCGGAGAGGAAAGGCCCAUGAUAUGGGUUCCACACACAUUCUCUGGUAAGCAGGUGCGUUUAGGCCAGGGCUGCAAAAACAUUGGGCGGAGUAGGCCUGGUUUAGGCCAAGCCUUUACCCUUACUAAAGGUCUUCAUCAUGAAAGUUUGGAAUUGCCAAGUGAGAGGAGAGAGACUGCUGCUGCUGCUGCUGCGAAGGAGAAGUAAUGGCUGAAUCACAGUAAAAGGAGUGUGGAUGAUGGGAGGGCACUUCUCAAAUAGCUCUUUGACAGGAGGAGGGGGGGGGGAAUCAAGUGUCAGAAGCCCCAAAUAUACUUAACUGUUAGAAACCACUAUGAGCAGUGGAUGUUUUCUUCUACUGUUACCCUCCAAAAUAGCUAAAAGGGAAGUUGACAGCAAGAUCUUUUGUCCCAGCACAGGACCGAUGUGUGCCUCCUGAGCCUGUUGAAGUUGUGGAGAAUUUGUAGCUCUGGUCUAUGCAUGAAAGAUCUUCAUAUCUCAGGGAGCACCUUCUUCCUUAUGAGCCCUCCUUACACUAAGGACUGUUCACCAGGCUUUGCUCCAUGGCAAGAGCAGAACCUUUUACAUGGUGGCCCUUAAAUUUUGGGAUUUUUCCCUCCUUGAAGUCAGUUUGGCAUACUCCCUUGCUUCCUUUCAGAGGAAAACAGAAACCCUAUUGCAUUGUACCCUUUCUGUUUAGGUUUCCCUGGCAAUGUUGGAGUGUUGAUGUUGUAUCUGUGCUGUUGCAUGUGUUUAUUUGCUGAUUGUCAUUCUGUUAAAUUAAUUGCUUUAAUUAUCAUUUAUUUUUUGUAAACUGUCUUAAGAAGCAUUAUGGUUGAAAACAGCAUAUAAAUACUGUAAAUAAUAUACAAUCCAACAUGUAUGGCCACAGAAGCUCUGUGAAAUUCUGACUGACUUACCCCAACCCAAGUUGGAAAAAGACUUCCACUCUAGUUCUGGAACGGUUCCCCUAAACAAAGUAGCUUAAACUUCUCUUCUGUUUGCUUUAUUUGCAAAAUCCAAUCUAGUCUCUUACGAAUGAGUACUUGCAAUGUAUAUUUUGCUGAAAAACCCAAUAAUAGCUGAGCAACAUGUCUGGUUUAGACAUAACACAAUGCCAGAAAUGAAUCCUGGUUUUGUAUGUCCCCACCCUUGGGCCUGAAGAUCCUUUUGCAGGCCCUGACGCCUUCACAGGCCAGUGGAAGAAAGUUUCAAAAACAAACCAGGAUCUCAAGCUGGGACUGUUUCCAUAGCCAGUUAAGCCAUAUCAUUUAGUGGGCCAGUUGAACUUUGAAAAUAUCGAAGCCAUAUUUAGAAUGUUUUUGGUGCAUUUUAAAGGCUAUGGCUCACAUUCAUUGCAAGCUGCCAUGUACAGUGCAACAUAGUGUGUAUGCGCAGUUGUACAAGUGUGGUCUUAUGCAAAAAAUGGCACAACUGCAGUUGUCACUUUUGCAUGUGCACAAGAACGCACUUGCGUAACCGCAUGGACACUGUUAUGUGCAAAGCAGCUGGUGCUGUAUGUGAGCCUGUGUUCCAGCAAAGGGUUCUCAUUUGCUGCAUCUGAUUCUUUGCCCUUCUCAUUAUCUGUUCCAGCUGUAUUUUCACAAAGCCCUCACUCUUGGCUCGUGUGGAAGCCCUGGCCUGGCUGCCUACAUCCCGAGCUUCCAUAAAGCUGGGUGGAAAGAGCACCUGACAGCUCUGUGUGGUGUGUUGUGGGAUUCCAGAGGACUUCCUGCUGUGCAUUGCAGGUCUUCCGAUCUAGGUGCACAACUGGUGGAAGUGGAAGGAGCUGCUGGUUCUCUGGGAGAAGGCAGGUGGAAGCCUGCUUGCUCCCCAGUUCACAGGUUGGGUGGGUGGAUGACCUUUGGGUCUAUUGAGAGUCAAAUCUUACCCCACAACAAUGUGGACUCCCUAUCUGUGUUUUGGCUAAUUCUUCAAAACAGCAUGUGUUCCUGAGGUAGUGUGUAACAAGAGUUCACAGUGGUACAAAUCAUGUCUGAAGAAUUGGGCUUGCCUUGAGGAGUAAAGAUUCUACUAAAAGGGCAGGACAGAGGUGCAGAAGCAGCUGUAUGUGCACACUCUUAUGCUGGAUAGCUUCUAGUAACCAACUUUUCCUCUGAAGAUUGGGAUGCCCAUUUCUUUCUCUUUGUUAAUUAGAGCAGAAUAUGCAUCUGUCUGCCCAUGCGCCAUGUACAUCUGUUUCUGGAGCAGGGCCACUGUCAGUCAUUGUGAGUGAGAGAGCUUUUAUCUGAUCCUGGUUAUAAUUCCCAGAUGUUAAAAAUAGUUCCAAAGUGAAAACAUAUCCAUUGACUGCUUAUGUAGAGCAGUAGUUUUUAAACUGUUUUUCAUAGAACUCCAUGAUUGCUUGGAGACUUAUUAGGCGCAAACAUCUUAGCUACCACUACCAUUCCACCCAUGUAAUGUACAGCCAUGGAGUUAAUACAUAAAGUGAUUUGAGGUGCAAUUUCCAUUCCUGUCAGGCAGUAGCCCUCAGUAGCCCUAUCCAGUGCUUCAUGUGAAUUAACUGCAUCCUACAAUAUGCCCCAGAACCUACAGCACAGAGAUCCUAUAGCAGAGGUACAAGGGAAACCUCAGUGUUUUGAAACUCCCUGAAGGUGAAACUUUGAAAGCUGUCAAGCAGAAUCUUAAAUGUGUUCAUUUUCUUGGUUCUUAAAAAAAGAGGGGAGGAGCAAGUUGGUGGUGCAAUGUGCAUUGUGUGUGUUUUCUCUUUUGGUAGAAUGUAGCUCACUUCCACUUCAAGGGGUCUUGCAUUGCACUGAACUCCUAAUAGGUGUAUGAUCCUUACUUGAAAUAUUUAUUUUUGUUUUAUUAAUAAAAGGGCAUGUGCCAUGA